AUGGCAGCGCGGUGGAACCAUCUGAGGGUGAGGCACUGGACAGCAGUGCGUCUCUGUGGAAUGCCGAAACGUGCCGUCUCGCCCGAACUGGUAGAUCUGACCUCCUCCCCCAAGCGUCAGCUUGUGGACGCCUCAUCGCAUGCCGCUGUGCCUGAGGAGAGACAGUGCGUCCGGGCCGCCAGCUCCUCCCAUCGGUGGCCCGACUCCCCCUUCCACCUGAUGCGGGUGAGGGGCCUACCCACAUGGGCAAACGAAGGAUCCCUGGGCAUCAAGCUGAGCGAGGUCGUGGCCGGUCCCAUGCGCACAGUCCUGAUAUCCAAUUAUAUGCUGGACUUUGCAUGGCUGCUGAGCGCCUGUCCUGACCUGGCGCGGGCCGAGCGCCUGAUCAUAGUGCAUGGAGAGGGUCAAGACAAGGCGGCAGCCGUGGCGCGUGAAGUCCGGGAGGCUGGCCUGGCCAGCAAGACGACCAUUCACCAGCCACCGCUGCCCAUUCCUUAUGGCACGCACCACAGCAAAGCCUUUGUGAUCCUGUUUGAGCGCGGCGUGCGUGUGGUGGUCCACACAGCCAACCUCAUCUACCCGGACUGCAACAACAAGACGCAGGCUCUCUACACGCAGGACUUCCCCCCCGCGCCAGAUGCCACUGCCAGCCCAUUCCAAGAGUCCCUGCUGGGCUAUCUCGCCCGCCUGCGCAUCCCAGCUUCGGCCUACGAGCCCCUGCGCCGAGCACUGCAGCGGCACAACUUUUCCUGUGCGAGGGCGGCCCUGGUCGCGUCCGUCCCAGGCUACCACCAAAUGGGUGUGUGGGUGGAUGUGGCGGUCUGCCUAUCGACCGGUUUCCUCUUGGCCUACAGCCUGCACCUGGGCGCCUGCAGAGUACAGCAGGGUCCUUGGGCGAGUCAAACAUGCCCACCUCCCGUCUGUCAUGGAGGCAAGCCCCCCACUCCUCCACAUCCCCAUGAUCUCAGCGGCCGGCGACCCGCCCUGGGGCCACCUGUCCCUACGCCGAGAGCUGGCCCGGGAGACUGCCUUCCAGUGCGCGCAUGCGUCUACCCCCUUCCUGGCCCAGUUCAGCAGCCUCGGCUCGGUGGACGCCAGUUGGGUGGACGCCGAGCUGGCCGGUUCCGCCGGAGCGGGGGCCUGGCGCGGGGAGGGGGGAGGGACGGGCGGGAUGCGGGCCCCGCCCGGCAUCGCCACCCUGGUCUGGCCCACCGUGUCCGAGGUCCAGAACAGCCUGGAGGGGUGGCUGGCGGGACGCAGCGUGCCUGGCCCCGCCUCCAACGUCUGCAAGCCCUUCCUAGAGCGGUACUGGCACCGGUGGGGGGGCCAGCCGGUGGGGCGGCAGCGGGCCAUGCCCCACAUCAAGACCUACUGCCGCUUCGAUGCAGCGACGGGGGAGGUGCCCUGGUACCUCACCGCCUCGCACAACCUGUCAAAGGCAGCGUGGGGCGUGCUGCAGAAAAAGGGGACCCAGCUCAUGGUGCGCAGCUACGAGCUGGGUGCCCUGCACCUGCCCAGCCUGGAGGCGGCCUACCUGGCCUCGCAGUGGAGGGGGUAUGA